UCCAGCUCAUUCCUUAGAAAGGCUGUGUAUGAAAGAUCAGAGAAGAGGCCAGUAGAUCUGGGUUUUGUCCAGGGGUCUCUGGGUUUAAGCACUGUCUACAAGCACUUGAGCUCAUUUUGCCUGUGACUUGGCUGGGUACAACUUCUUUCUCUGCCCAAGCUGGUAAAAAUCUAAAACUUUACUCUUCAGAAUUCUUUCAGUAGCGCAACAUAUACAACCUAUCCUUUAGCAAAAAUGGAAGCUAUCAAGAAAAAGAUGCAGAUGUUGAAGUUGGACAAGGAGAAUGCCAUUGACAGAGCAGAGCAGGCUGAAACGGAUAAGAAGGCAGCUGAGGACAAAUGCAAACAGGUAGAGGAUGAGCUGGUAGCUCUGCAGAAAAAGUUGAAAGGAACCGAAGAUGAGCUGGAUAAGUACUCGGAGGCUCUCAAAGAUGCCCAGGAAAAACUAGAGCAGGCUGAAAAGAAGGCCACUGAUGCUGAAGGUGAGGUGGCAGCUCUGAACAGACGUAUCCAGCUAGUGGAAGAGGAGUUGGAUCGUGCCCAAGAACGGCUGGCCACAGCCUUGCAGAAACUGGAGGAAGCUGAGAAGGCAGCGGAUGAGAGUGAGAGAGGAAUGAAGGUUAUUGAGAACAGAGCAAUGAAAGAUGAAGAGAAAAUGGAAAUUCAGGAAAUGCAACUGAAGGAGGCUAAGCAUAUUGCUGAAGAAGCUGACCGCAAAUAUGAAGAGGUUGCCCGUAAACUGGUUAUUUUGGAAGGUGAACUGGAAAGAGCUGAAGAGCGUGCAGAGGUGUCUGAAGUUAAAUGUAGUGACCUUGAAGAGGAGUUAAAGAACGUCACUAACAACCUGAAGUCCUUGGAAGCUCAGUCUGAAAAGUACUCGGAAAAAGAAGAUAAAUAUGAAGAAGAAAUCAAGAUUCUCUCUGACAAGCUGAAAGAAGCUGAAACUCGUGCUGAAUUUGCGGAGAGAACAGUUGCCAAACUGGAAAAGUCUAUUGAUGACCUGGAAGAAAAACUUGCUCAAGCGAAAGAAGAGAACUUGGGGUUGCAUCAGACACUGGACCAGACGCUAAACGAACUGAACUGUAUAUGAGAUGGCGAAGAACCCCAGCGACCAACAGGAACUGAAGACUCCGUCUGCAUUUACCGUAUCGUCCCUCUCUCUCUCUCGCUCUGUCUCCUGGAAAAAACCGAUUAAGUUAUGACCAGUACAGACGCGCGUAAGGCUCUGGCGUGACUCGAAGGCCGUCGCGCACCUCUUGACGCCAGCAGCGCCGGCCCCAGGCCCCUCCAGGGCACCCUCCUCCCGCUGCGCGCAGGAGAGCGCGAGCCACGCCCGGGGCGGCGGGAGCCGCCCUCAUUUUUCAUUUCUGCGGGUUAUCGAUAGCGCGGCUGUAGCUUUUCCUAACGGUUGAUUAGUCGUUUUUAUAUAAACCCCGGUAGCAGCUGUACCCCAGCAGUAGUGUCGCCCUCCGCCGGCAGCCUGUUAGCGACGUUUCAUAUUAAACAAUUUCUCACGGUA